UUUUUAGUACGACUUUAUAUUUACUUUAAAUGCUCUCACGUGAACUCGUUAAUCAGUUGUGUAUGAUGGUACCGCUAUAGCUUAUAAUACCUGACACUACCACUCUCGUCCAAAAUUCAUUUAAGAAACCAUUGUAUUUACACAAUUUUUAUAAUCAAAACACGGUUAUAUGUUUAUGCUCUCAUUCAUUCUAUUUCAGUGGAAAAUUCAGAACAAAAAGAGGAAGGUUAAAGAUUAGAGUCAGGAGAAGCAUAAGUCAUCUUUCUGAAUUAAAAAAAAAUAUGUUUAAGAGUGACUUAAACAGGAAUUUAAUAAGGAAUAUAAAGAAAAAAUGUAAAUAAGGAUUGAAAUAGUAUCGAAGUCAAAAACAGUUUAGCAACUGAAUUACAAUCAGACAUGAACUGGUUAAUUAAAUUAAGUUUGAUAUUGUUAUUAAUCUAUACGCUGUUUACUCAUGUUGAGCCAAAAAAGCAUCAUCACGGCUCGAGAUCUAAAAGUCCGUGGGCAAAUCCUGUCAAAGCACAGACUUUUAUGAAGUGUCUAAUUCAAACAAUAAGCACAUCCCCGGUGUUCCCUGAAAAAGAAAAAAAGGAUAUGGAGGGAAUAAUGGAAAUUGUGAUGUCUGCCUUCAACAGUGUGAACAGUUCAAAAGGAAGUUAUUUUUCUAAGAUGAAGGCAAUGAACAAGGCCUUCGCUGCAUCAAUGGCAGAACUUGUAUUAGCUGAAGGUGUUGAUUACCCUGAAAGCAUAAAAGUAAAAACUGAAGCACUUACAAAAGCUUUGCAGCAUUGUCUUAAAUUUACCGUAGGAACUGCAAACAGACGUUUGAUUACUGACAUUAAAAGAUUAAUCUGCCUGUUUUUGAACGAAGCAGCAGAUGAUGUUUCCAUAAACGAAGCAGAAGACUAUGAUUUAGAAAGGCCUUCGGAAGUAUUAGCGAAAACUGAUGGCAGCGCGACAUUGGAACUUAAGGAGAUAUUGCUUAAUGGCCUCCUAAGAUCCGAAACAUUCAAAACCAUAUUCAAUAGAGGCACUUCUCUACAAUUUGCUAUAAAUGCGUCCGAUUUCGCACUGCAGUCAGUGGCAAUCCGCCUAAGUCUGAACGAAUCUGUGAUUUCACAAAUAAAAAACAGGACUGUUCAGUCCAUUUAUACUCUUUUUACCAACUGCACUAGUAUUAAAACAAAAGAAUAUGCUACGGUAAUUGCAGUGAAUAUCGCUGCAGUUUUAGGAAGCAAAUUUAAAAUAAAUCAUGGAAAUGUAAAACAAAUUUCAGCAAAUAUCGCAAUUCCCUAUAUUAGAGAAUUAAAUAUUAUGUCACCAAGUCUUUAUCUUCGGAAAAUAGACGUAGAAGCUGAUUUAAGAAAAGUGCAAUCCUUCAUCCUGUCUAAUGAUACACAGUCUUCCUCCGGUAAUAUCAAUCGUACACUUUUUGCAACAAUCGCAACGUCACUCUUGAACUCAAAAGUGUUUCGUGAAACGUUCAAUAACAAUACUACCAAGGAAAUCGUAGUUAAUAUAUUAAAAAAUUUUGCUCCUCAAAUUGCUUCUAACUUCAGAAUGGAUAACAUUACUACAUCUAAGCUAGAAAAUGAUUUAAUUAGAACUGUAUCAACAGUUACAAAAGGAUCUAGUACACGAGAUUACGCUCAAGCCAUUGCAAAUGCAACUGCCACAUUCAUGUUAGCCAAUGGUCAGAUAUCCGACGCCAAUUUGAGCAGAAUAGCUACAAAGUUUCUUUCAGUUUUUUUCCAUGAAGUUACCACUAGUGCAACUAAAUUUGGAAUCGACCUGUCAGGCAUCGAUACUAGACAAGAUUUAGAGAAUAUAACUAGGAACAUUAAAAUGAGCAUCCAAAGUAGUAUUUCACAAAAUGACUCUAGUCUUGAUACUGGAAAAACCAUACUUGUUGAAUCUGCCAAGCCCGACGAUGAUGGUACAAAUUUUCCUACUUCUACCCUUCAAUAUAGAAACUGGAUCAUGAUACCUAAACUUGCACAGACUUUAUUAAAUGCCUUUCAAAGGUCAAAUACUUUUGAGACUAUAUUCAAUCCAAAUGUUUCCCAGCAGGUUGUAUUAAGUGUGUCUAAUGCAGCAUUGCAGGCCGUUGCUGACGGUUUAAGACUAGAUAAGGAAACACUUUCGCUAAUGAAAAACAAAAUUACACAUUCUCUUUCCACCAUCAGCAAUGGCACCGAUACAAGCGUCUAUGCUAUGGUAAUUGCUGAGAAUAUCGCUAACGUUUUAGGAAGCAGAUUUGUAAUAAAUUACGAAAAUGUGAGCCGAAUUGGAGUAAAUAUUGUAAGUUACUUUAUCAGAGGAUCAACCGUUAUUGCACAUAGACUAGGAUUUAAACUUCAGAACGUAGAUACUGAUCUAAGAAACGUGCAAUCAUUUAUUAUUUCUGAUAAUCUAUCAGUUCCAGAGACUACGCCUCUUAUAUCCGAUUCUGCAGGACAUCAUCCAAGAGGAUCGAUCGCAUUCAAGUUUGGAUCCUCUACAGCUGGAGUGUAUCUAAAACUUUCUGCAACACUCAAAUCUUCAUUCUCGAACUCGAAAGUGUUCCAUGCCGCUUUCAAUAACAGGACAUCCAAAGAAAUCGCCGCUAGUAUUUUGCGAAAUAUUGUAAAUAAUAUUGCCUCUAACUAUAGAUUAAACAGCAGAUCAGCACGAUUCCUCAUAAAUACUGUAAUUAGAGCCGUAUCUACGGUUAAGAUAGGAUCCGACACAAAAGCUUACGCUCAGUCUAUUUCUAAUGCAACUGCAGCAGAGUUAGUAGGCAAUGGCCAAAUAUCCAGCACUGAUUUGUAUCAGAAGGCUACAGGACUUAUUUCAAUUUUCUUGCAAGAAAUUUCUUCGAAUGCUUCUAGGUUUGGAAUCGAUCUAUCAGGCAUCAAUGCUCAAGAAGAUUUAUCGAAUGCAGUUAGGAGCGUUGAAGUAAUAAUUCAAAGUCUCCCCACUUCAAAUGAUCCUGAAUAUGCUAUUUAUGAGUUGAAAUAUUCGGACGAAGGUGAUUCCAUUCCUUUUGAUAGAAAACUAGGUACUCCACAUUUUGUCCCUACAGAUGGUUUCGCUACAUCGAAACUACUGCAGAUAUUAUUUAGGUUUUUCCAAAGAUCACACACAUUUAGAAUGAUAUUCAAUAGAAACUCUACUCGAUCAGACGCGAUUUCUGUGUCUGAAUCAGCGUUGCAGUGGGUUGCUUCCAGCUUGAGACUGGAUGAGGCUAUGACUUCUAGACUGAAAAACAAAAUCAUUCAAUCUCUUUCCAAAGUUAACGCAGACUCCCAUACAAGCGUUUAUGCCAUUGUAAUUGCUAUGAAUACUGCUACGUUCUUAAGUAGCCUAUUUAAAAUUAAUUUGGAAAGCGUAAACCAAAUUGGAGCAAGUAUUGCUAGCGCUUUCAUUAAUGGGUCAUCUAUCGUUGCUCUAAGAUUAGGACUUGAGCUUCCGAAUGUCAACGUGGAUGCCGAUAUAGAAAACACUAAAUCAUUCAUCUUGUCCGAUUUACCCAGUUCAUUGAUUGUAUCUCCUAAUGUUAGCUUAAUUGGGGGUUAUCCUAAUGAAUCUGGCUUAUAUAUGUUUGAACCCUUGGAAACAGUCGUAAUGGCCAUGAGACUUUCGGCAUCACUCACUGCUUCGCUGUCGAAUUCGAAAAUUUUCCGAGCUGCUUUCAAUGCAAAGGCACCUAGAAAAGUCUCCAUGAAUAUUUCGAGAAGUCUCGCGGAUGCAAUUGUUUCAAAAUUUGGAUUGGAUAACAGUUCUGUGGCAAUAAUGAUAAAAGCUAUCAAGAGUGCUGCAUCUAAAGUUAACAUAAAAUUAUAUAAUGAAUAUUUAGCUGAAGCAUUUAGUAACGCAAUUGCUGAAGUGUUCGUAGCGAGAGGUCUAAUUUCUAACUCGAAUUUGAGACAAAAUGCUAUAAAACUUGUUUCAGUUUUCUUGGAAGCAAUAUUCUCUACCGCACCUCAGUAUGGAAUCGACAUGUCAGGGAUCAACGCUCAUGAGGAUAUAUCAAACGCAACAAGGGAUAUUGAAGUAAUUAUCCAAAUUAGUUUUCCGGAAUACCCCAGUAUCGAUUCUGCGUACGCUUUAGUCCAGUCUGGUUAUCCUGGUCAAAAAAGUGCCAUUUAUGCAGACAUAAAUUCGGAUCACCAAUUUGUCAAAUUUAUACAGAUGGAUUUGUCCUCUAAACUUAAAUGGGCUUUAUUAAAUACCCUUCUAGGAUCAGACUCCUUCAAAAACUUAUUCAAUCGAGACGAUUAUCCACGGAUUUUGAUAAUUGUCUCUAACUCAGCUCUGCAGUUUGUUGCUCCAAGCUUAGGCCUCGAUACUGCUGUGGUUUCGCAACUAGAGAAUAAAAUCAGCUUAUCUCUUUCAAGCAUUAGAACUGGUUCAGACAAAAGCAUCUAUGCCAAACUAAUUGCUAGUAAUAUCGCGACAGUUUUUGAGAGCAAUGGUAAAAUAAACAAUGAAAAUGUAAACGAAAUUGGUACGAAUUUUGCAAACGCCAUUAUUAAAGGAUUAGCCCUUAUUGCACCAGGUCAGGCAUCAUCUUCAACUAACGGAACUGUCAAACUUUCAGAGCUGCUUACAUCUUCUCUCGCUAAUUCAGAAGUGUUCAGAGUAGCUUUUAAUGACAAGACAUCCAAAUCUGUUGCCCUCAAUCUUUCAAUAAUUCUCUCAGAUUCGAUUGUUGCCAUAACGGAUAAUAGUACAAAAACAAAGCUGAAAAAUGCUAUGGUGACCGCCAUAUCUAAAGUCAAAAUCGGUUCUGACACAAGAAAUUAUGCUAUAGCUCUUUCUCGUGCAAUUACUGAAGUGUUAGCAGCCAGCGAUCAGACAUGGAACUCUAAUUUAAAGCAAAAUGCUCUGCAACUGAUGUCGAACAUAGUACAAGUAAUAUAUAAUAGUGCUCCUCUGUUCGGUAUCAACGUCUCAAACAUCAGAAUUCAUGAGGAUAUAUCUAACGCAUUUAAAGGUAUUGUAAUAACUAUAAAAAGUAACCCUUCUCAAGGAGAAUCCGGUCCCGAUUCUGGAUAUCCUGUUAAAGAUGAUCCCCUUUUUCUUGGUACAGAUUUGGAACCGUCGUUACUCGUGACUACUGAUGACAACGCUACAUCAAGACUUCAGCAAUUUUUGUUAAAUUCUCUUUUAAGAUCAGAUUCUUUUAAAGCCUUAUUUAAAAGAGACGAUUUCCAACGUGUUCUGUUAAUUGUGUGUAACUCAGCACUGCAGUCGAUUGCAGACAGCUUAGGAGUGAAUGGAACUUCUAUUUCGCAAUUUGAAAACAAAAUCAGUCAGUCUCUUACUGCCUUACAUAAUAACUCGGACUCCGACACUUAUGCUAUUAUAAUAGCUUCGAAUAUCGCUGCAAUUUUAGGUAGAGGCGGUAAAGUUAAUGACGGAAAUGCAUAUAAAAUCGGAGCGAAUAUUGCUAAUGCCAUUAUCAAAAGAUCAGCUGUUAUUGCAACAAAAUUUGCAUCAGGCAGAAUAACUACAAAAAUUUCCACACUACUCGCAACUGCUCUCUCUAGCUCGAAAGUGUUCAGAGCCGCUUUCAAUGCCAAGACAUUCAGAGAAGUCGCCACAAACCUGGCAAGAAAUCUCGCAGAUUCGAUUGUCACCCAUUCUCGAUUGAAUAACAGCACAGCAGCGAAUCUGAAAAAGCUUAUAGUGGAUGCCGUAUCUAGAGUUAAAACAGGAUCGGACACAAGAGACUACGCUCGAGCUAUUGCUAAUGCAACUGCCAAACUAUUAGCUAUCAGUGGCCCGUUAUCUAACUAUGAUUUGAAACAAAAGACACCAAAGCUUUUUUCAACUUUCUUGCAAGUAAUAUAUUCCAGUGCCCCUCAGUACGGAAUUGAUCUGUCAAGUAUUAACUUUGAAGACGAUUUAUCAAACGCAACUACAGGAAUUGUAUUAGCAAUCGAGACUAGCCCUUCUUUAGAUGAACUUAAACUUGAUACUACUUACAAUGUUGGCCCUUAUUAUGGAUAUUCUGACAAAAAUGUUUUCACACCUCAGGGUCUCAUUACACCCUUUAACGUUUCUGUUGAAGGACCUCCUGAAGAGAUACAACCUUUAACUUUCCUUAUAAAAAAGUUAGUUGAUUCUCCCAGUGGAUUGAAGUCUCCAGAAGCUGAAGCCCGUGUCAAAAAAAUGGUUUUAUCAGUUGCUCAAUCACAUGGGCAAAAAGGUUUGGAUAUUAGCGCAUUUCUAAACAUUUUUAAAUCGAGUAUUUUUCAACUUUCAAAUUCCGAUUUUUCAAGAUGCGAAGCAACGGUCGAAGCUCUUAUGGAAGUCAUGGUAACCUUUGUGCAAGUUCUUGGAUCAGCUAAAAUUAGCACAGUUGAUACUUCAUCUACCUUAAAAAUUAUUGAUUCUGUCGCUGAUGCUCUAUCUGCUCUUUGAAGUGAUUUAUUAAAUCCGCAUGCAUUGAAAACCACAUGAAUCGCAAUAUUUAGUAUUCAAAUUAUCUAAUUACUUCUAAAUAAAUUGGAUCAUUAUUGUUAUUGUUGUUGAGUUUUUCACUC